AUGAAGCUGUCAAUAUCUCAGCUAUCACAACUAGCUAUAUUACUGGCCUCGACAACCAAUGCCUAUAUCAUCCCUCAGCACGAAUUCUCUUCAGAUGACGUAAAAGCGAACCUAUGGAAACCUCAUGUACCAUACAUCUUAAAACCUACGAUUAACUCUGAAAAGUUGCAAGAUAUGAUCAAACUGGAGGAAUUAAAUUCCACUGCAUGGGAUUUAUACCAUAUUGCCGAGGAGUCGAUAGAAGAAUAUGGCCAUCCAACAAGAGUCAUUGGCUCCGCAGGACAUUGGAAUACGAUAGACUAUAUCUUAGACCAAUUUGAUGAAAUGAAAGAUUAUUACGACGUUACUUUACAAGAAUUGUAUGCUCUCACCGGCAAUAUUAUAUCUUUCAAUCUAACAGAUGCUAAAACUGGCUAUGAAUUCCCAAAUAUCACAGCCUUUUCCUUAUCCCCUCCAGUCAAUCCCUUUAUCGGUAAGUUAGUUGAAAUUCCAAAUCUUGGUUGUUCACAAGCUGAUUAUGAUGCAGUGGAAUUGUUAAGUGGUGAAGGUGACAAAAUUGCUUUAAUUGAAAGGGGUAAAUGUCCCUUCGGUGAUAAGAGUGAUUUGGCUGGUAAAAACGGGUACCGUUCUGUUGUUGUCUACGAUAAUGAACCAAAUGCUGAAAAUGGAUUACACGCAACACUAGGUACGCCAACUAACAACACAGUCUCUACUAUCGGUGUUCCAUUCGAAGUUGGUAUGGAAUUAGUUGCAAAUAUCGAAUCACAUGAAGACUAUCUAUUAUUUUUCGCAAUGGAUUCUUACGUCAAGAACAUCAGAACCAAAAAUGUCAUUGCUGAUACAAAACAUGGUGAUCCAGGUAAUAUUGUUGGUCUUGGCGCACAUUCAGAUUCCGUGGAAGAAGGUCCCGGUAUCAAUGAUGACGGUUCAGGAACAAUUUCUUUAUUAACCGUUGCCAAACAUUUAACUCAUUUCAAAAUCAAUAAUAAAGUACGUUUCGCUUGGUGGGCUGCUGAAGAAGAAGGGUUGCUAGGUUCGAAUUUCUAUGCUUAUAAUCUUACACAGGAUGAAAACGAAAAAAUUAGAGUCUUUAUGGAUUAUGAUAUGAUGGCCUCACCAAAUUAUGAAUACGAGGUUUACGACGCAAACAAUAUCGACAAUCCAAAGGGUUCUGAAGAAUUGAAAGAUCUUUACAUCGAUUUCUAUAAGAGCAAGAACCUAAACUACACAUUGAUUCCGUUUGAUGGUAGAUCAGACUACGUUGGCUUCAUCGAAAACGGUAUACCUGCAGGUGGUAUUGCGGCCGGUGCAGAAAAAGAAAAUGUGUUCAAUGGUGAAGUAUUAGACAAGUGCUAUCACUUGCUAUGUGACGACGUUUCCAACAUUGCUUGGGAUGCAUUUAUGGUCAAUACACAACUAAUUGCCCACUCUGUUGCUACUUAUGCCAAUUCUUUUGAAGGUUUCCCAGCCAGAGAAAUCAGCAACACCUCUGCUACAACUAUUGCUGAAGCAGAACAUGAAAUAGUGACUCCAUUGUUCAAGUAUAGAGCUGAUUAUCUAAUCAUCUGA